CGUCUACCCACCGCGAGAUGGUCGCGUUUUCUGAUCAAUUCUUCGGCUGCUUUGCGUUAAGAGUUGGGAAUCCGGUGGCGGGCUCGUUGGCAUCUAGGGGAACGACCUUUGACUCACACUUGCAGCUCACGUGUAGUAGCGUCGGGCCCCGCUUUGCAACCAUGCACCGCGCUGUGGUAAAUACAGCUGGGGACGAGGUCGUGGCUGGUCCCGUUGGAUUUUCUGUUUUCUGAGGUUUCCCUUUUACUCUUUCGAAUGCUGGAUGUUUGAAACGACUUUUACGAUUUACUUGAGAUUUACCACGAGAUUGAUACCUUGAAGAAUAAACGACCUUUUCACGAACCAACACUAUUGCAUGCGACCAACUCGACUAUUACAACAUGUACUCACAGCGAUCAUCGCCACCGCCACUGAAGCGCUCCCAUUCGGGUGAGAGCCAGAACAGUUACGCCAGCGCUGCGACAACAGUAUCGCGCGCAAGCUCCAAGCUACUAUUUGGAGAGAUCCCAUUGACGCCUGCGACGACAGUAGAUGGACGAUCAAUUCGUUCCAAUGGCUCCAUCUGCAACCUGGUCCUCUCCACAAGCUCAGUCUUUUUGCGCUUCUGGUUAAACGAUACCUGCCGCGACAAUGUACUGGAUCACAUGGAAACCGAGGACCUAUCCAACUUCCGCCUUGUAUGCCAUGAUUUUUCAUCAAAAGCUGCGCCGCGACUCUUUGAGAAGAUGACCGUGACCUUCAAAACAUCUACCUUUUCCAAGCCAGCGCGCAUCGAAGCGCUAUCGAGGAUAGGCCGUCACGUCAAGACCUUUACCUUCCACAUGCCACAUGGCCCAGAGACCUGCUUGCCACCCAUCAUUGACCCGUGCACUGGCACAGAGAAGCAGUUCAUCUACGAGCCUCAGGUUCAAACACCGCAACAUGGACCGGCCAAAGACAAGGCACCCAAGUAUGGCAGCUGGGAGAUGCAGGACUUGCUCAUCAAACAGUAUCCACCACUGUUCCACGCCGCGACCAAUGUCCCUGCCUUUUGCGCCGCGUUCUCUGAGCUGAUCAACCUCACACACCUCAAGGUCUCAUGUCCGGGAUCUACUGGCUCACUCCGACACCGAAGAGGUGUAGUCGACUACGCGCUCAUCUCUCUCCGCAUCGCCAUUGAGCGCGCUCCAUUAUACAGCCUCGCUGCUCUAUCCCUUCACCCCAUCCACCCGGGUGGUCUAUUGUACCUCCACCCCAUGCACGGCUUCGGAAGCACACCAUCCUCAGCCAAGCGCUGGGGUCAAAUCCGUCGCCUCUCGAUCUGCAUGGAAAGCAUACCCUUUACCUCAAGCUCCUCGCGCACCCGCGCCCAAUCCUUAGAACACCUCCGCAUCCUCCACGCCUACCUCGCCACCCUCUCCCGCGGCCUAACACGUGUCUUCUUCCGUUGGAAAGGCGAGCGCGGUCCUUCUCCCCUCUCUCUUGACCGUGAACCCUGCAUGCUUCCCACCCGAGAGGAAUCCACCCACCCCUCUCUCCGCGGCCAAACCCAUGGUCCCCGUCCCCUCAAGUUCCCCCGCCUUCGCGUCAUGGAGCUAGAGAACGCGCUCAUGGACUCCGCUCAAAUCAGCGACUUCAUCACCAAGCACAAGCGGUCCCUCCGCGAGUUCAACUUCGAAGACGUCAAACUGCGCGAGGGCGACUGGGAUCUCGCGCUUGAACCUCUGACUACCAUCUCUGGAAGCGAUCGAUGGAAGCAGUACCAAGAAGAGGUCAUGGACGUUCCCAUCAUGCUGUCGCCUGUUGAUGCCGAGCCGCGGGUCAUGGGCCCGUUGCUUGAGGAGGUUGAGCAGGCGAUCGAGGAGGUUAGUGGGAAGGAGAGGAGAGAACAUGCGCUGUCGAGGUGGUUGGGUAGACCAAGACAGUCGAGUAAGAAGGAUAGCUUCUGGGGUGGAGGAAAGAGGUUCCUGCAUCUUUCGAGCUGGAAAGGCAGCUCGCCUGUCAUGGUGAGGUGAAGUGGUUGUGCAUGUUUUCUGGGUUCUUGUCUGGUAUUAGGGAGUUUUGCUGUGGUAUGUCACGGUUGAUACCCCUCGGGCAUGGUUCAUGGCGUCUGCUUUCUGUCUUCAUUGUUCUUGUUGUUGGGUUUCGAGUAACGGCCUUUCCUGUCCUCUCUCUUCGUCUUUCCUUUGUCUCGUCUUCCUCACGCUCACUACGACUCAACGUCUCCACGGCCUUUACGACUACUCCGAAAAUCACGUUUGCGCAUAGUUACGAUGGUAUGAGUAGAAUAGUAUGACCUUACGAUCAUUCAAUAACAUUUCCUUCUGGUCCUUA